AUGCAUCCUAUCGACACGGUCGACAACUUGAAUGACCUUCCACGAUUGUCGCAGUCAGAUGACUACCUGAGAUAUGGCAGACAGAUGAUACUGGAUGGCUUUGGCUUAGAAGGUCAAAUAAAAUUACAGAACUCAUCUGUCGUGGUCAUCGGAGCAGGGGGACUUGGUUGCCCCGCAUUACAAUAUCUCGCUGCAGCCGGGGUAGGUCGCCUGGGCAUAAUCGACCAUGACACGGUCGAAUUAUCCAAUCUCCAACGCCAGAUUCUUCACUCAGAUAAAACGAUCGGCAACCCGAAAGCUGUCUCUGCAGCCCAAGCCAUCGCUGCUCUGAACCCACGCGUCAAGAUUGACGUUCAUCCCACUGCUCUCGAUCCAUCCAACGCGCUUUCUAUUCUGGCCCCGUAUGACGUGAUCCUCGACUGCACGGAUAAUGCUCCGACACGCUACCUCCUUUCCGACAGUGCCGUCAGGCUAAAGAAACCUCUUGUCAGUGGUGCCGCACAGAAAUAUGACGGUCAGCUUUGCAUAUAUAAUUUGGGCGAGGAUGGCCCGUGCUAUCGCUGCAUAUUUCCAAAGCCACCUGCGCCAGAAAUGACAGGGUCGUGCGAGGAGACAGGAAUACUAGGCGCUGUGACAGGAAUCAUUGGAAAUCUGCAGGCACUGGAAGCGAUAAAGCUAAUCACCGGGCUUCACGAUGGCAAAGCUUCCCUACUUCUUUUCAACGCUCUUUCUAUCCCUCCGUUUCGUACCGUGAAGCUGAGGUCAAGGAAACUCACCUGCGCUGCAUGCGGGAUCGAGGGCCAGAAAAUUGGCACCGUCGAAGAAACAGACUAUGUAGCAUUUUGUGGUGGUGCACGGCCGAAUUGGUUAGAGCGCGUCUUCGCAUCAAACGAAAAUCAUGCCAUCAUCGAUGUGCGACCGAGAACAGAGUUUGGUAUAUGUCGUCUUCCGAAGUCUACGAGUGUCCCGCUCAACAUUCUCCUGGCUAACCCAGCUCUUCAUCUUCCCUCAGACAAGUCCUGUCAGAUAUUUGUCGUGUGCAGAUUAGGCAAUGACUCUCAGAUCGCUGCGGAUGCCAUCAGGGCAAUUGACUCUAAUCUGAUUGUAAAAGACGUUGUCGGAGGCUUGCGCGCAUGGUCAAAUGAGAUAGAUCCAACCUUCCCUGUGUAUUAA